CCACUCGUCCCACCAAAAUGGGGAGGCUGCUCCCUCGCCACCCCUCGCUCCUCCUCGCCGCCGCCGCCGCCCUCGCCGCGAUCUGGAGCUCCAGCAGCCUCGCCGUCGUGCGGUGCGCGCCGGUGUACGGCCCCGACUACCUGGUGGACGGGAACCAGCUGGUGGACAUGCAGUACCACAUGGGCCCCGUCGUGUCCGGGUCGCCGACCAACCUGUACCUCAUCUGGUACGGCCGGUGGGAGCCCGCCGCGCAGGCCGUGCUCCGGGACUUCCUCGCCUCCCUCUCCACCCCCGCACCGUUCCCGGCCGUCUCCGACUGGUGGUCCCGCACGCCGCGGAUGUACACGGACCAGACGGGCGCCAACGUGACGGCGGCCUUCGCCGUCGCCGGGGAGCACUUCGACGCGGGAUACUCCCACGGCGCCUCGCUGCGGCGCAUCGACGUGCAGUCGGUGAUCCGGUCGGCGGUGUACGCGUACCCGGACCCGCUGCCGCUGGACCCCUACAGCGGCGCGUACCUGGUGCUGACCUCGGCGGACGUGCAGAUGGACGAGUUCUGCCGCGCCGUCUGCGGCUUCCACUACUUCACCUUCGCGUCCGUGGUCGGGGUCACCGUGCCGUACGCGUGGGUCGGGAACAGCGGCACGCAGUGCCCGGGCCAGUGCGCGUACCCGUUCGCCGCCGCGCAGUACGGCGCUGGCACUGCGGGAGGGCAAGUGGUGCUGCGACCGCCGAACGGCGACGUCGGCGUGGACGGGAUGGUGAUCGUGCUGGGGCACGAGCUGGCGGAGAUGGCCACCAACCCGCUGGUGAACGCGUGGUACGCCGGGGACACGCCCACGGCGCCCACGGAGAUCGCCGACCUCUGCCUCGGCGUGUACGGCGACGGCGGCGGAGGCGGCGGGCUCGUCGGGAACGUGUCCCGCGCGCCCGACGGCAGCGCCUACAACGUCAACGGCGUCAACGGCCGGCGUUUCCUGGUCCAGUGGCUCUGGAACCCCGUCCGCGGCGCCUGCUACGGCCCCAACGCCAGCAACUGACGCCUUCCUCCUUGGACCAGUUCAUGCCAUCCUGCUCGAUGGCAUUGCUGCAAUCAAUGGCGAUUCAGUGGAUGGGUAUAUCAUGGAUCCAAAGCUCGAUCACGAAACACCGCUCCGGCUCGAUCUGAGACUCUGCGGGUUUAAUUCGGUUACAUUACAUGAUGAUCUGUAUGGAUUUUUUAUCAGUAGGAAACAAGGAGAAGAUGCAAUUUUUUCAUUUUAUUUGCACUUGCAUUCUGCGGCGUGAAUUUAACUUAUGAUCAAUUUGGAGGUGCAAUGCAUGUACUAAUGCACUACUAGAACUUGCACAUCGUUUGAAGCUUUCUCCUGCCUGGUGAACAGAGUGAUUGCUUUCUUCUUU